GCUUUGCAGCUUUGCGAAAGCCGGGACCCGUGUGACUGGCAGGCGGGGCGGGGCGGUUGGUACGAGUGGCGUGCGGCAAAAUGUCCAUCAACAGUGUGACGGACCACGUCCUGGAGUUAAUUUUUUCGUACCUCGAGCUGCCGGACUUGCGGAACUGCUCACUCGUGUGCCGGUGGUGGUACAAAAUCCUCUGUGAUGAGAACAACGACGUGUGGCGGCUGCACUGCGUGCGGCGGCUGGCCGAGGAGGCCCUCAAGUCCGACCUUUUGGCGUCGCUGCCCUCCUACAAGAGCAAGCUAAGGGCAUUCUACCACGCGUGGAACCCCAAUGACACCUCCCGGAAUAUCUACGUCAAGCCCAACGGCUUCACCAUACACCGCAACCCAGUGGCUCAGAGCACAGACGCGUCGAGAGGGAAAAUCGGAUUUCGAAGUGGUCGGCACGCCUGGGAAGUCAUUUGGGAAGGCCCGCUAGGAACGGUAGCUGUUGUUGGGAUUACAACUCGAGACGCUCAGCUUCAGUGCCAUGGUUAUGUGGCUCUUUUGGGCUCCGACGACCAAAGCUGGGGGUGGAAUUUAGUGGACAACCAUUUACUUCACAAUGGUGAUGCGCACGGGAAUUAUCCUCUUUUAAAUAACGCUCCAAAGUACCAGGUUGGAGAGCGGAUCAGGGUCAUCCUCGACUGUGAAGACAACACUCUUUCUUUUGAGAAGAACUACGAGUUCCUUGGGGUUGCAUUCAGGGGUUUGCCUUCAAAGAGACUGUUUCCGUCGGUGUCCGCUGUGUACGGCAAUACAGAGGUGUCCAUGGUGUACCUGGGGCCCCCGCUGGACGGCUAGCCCCUGCUUGAACCCCCACCUCGAGAAAUCCCACGUCACUUUUUGUUAGUUUGAGCCAAAGACGUUUUAUCUCACCCUUCGGCUGCCAUACAAACUUAUAUGAUUAAUUUUCGUUCUGUGAUACUGUUGAUUUUCGUGUGAAAGUGUUGAGGACUAUGCAAUAGGUAGCUCACUACGAUAGGGACACGACUGAUAGUGUGCGUGCGUGCGUGUGAAUAUUAUUGUAAAAUUGCAUGUGUGCAGACGAUGACUGACUGCGCUGCAUUGUUGACCACUAAAGAAUAAAGUUGAUGAGAACACACCCUCACCGUAAA